CUACGAAGAAGAGUUUGACUUCAGUCAUGGCAAGAACAAAGCAGACUGCUCGUAAAUCCACCGGAGGCAAAGCGCCCAGGAAGCAGCUCGCUACUAAAGCUGCCCGUAAGAGCGCCCCAGCUACCGGCGGUGUGAAGAAACCUCAUCGUUACAGGCCCGGUACCGUAGCGCUGAGAGAAAUCCGCCGCUACCAGAAAUCCACUGAGCUGUUGAUCCGUAAGCUGCCUUUCCAGCGUCUAGUGAGAGAAAUUGCCCAGGACUUCAAGACUGAUCUGCGCUUCCAGAGCUCCGCCGUCAUGGCUCUGCAGGAGUCCAGCGAAGCUUAUCUGGUUGGCCUGUUUGAGGACACCAACCUGUGCGCAAUCCACGCCAAGAGGGUCACAAUCAUGCCCAAAGACAUCCAACUGGCUCGCCGCAUUCAGGGAGUUGAUCACAUGACCAGUGUCUAAUAUGUUUAGGUGAACUCGGGUCAGUUUUUUUAUGAAAGUUCAUGAAACAUUCAUCCUUCUGACUAAUAACACUGCCAUUUUGUCUACUUUUUGUUUAUAGACAGAUUUAAUGACAAAAAUGUGAAUAAUUAAAAGGGUAGUUAGUUUUAAUGAUUUGUUUGCUCUAAAUAAAACUAAAAACACAAUACACUUUU